AUGGGGCAGCAGUUCAGCUGGGAGGAGGUGGAGGCGGCCAGCGAGAUGGACGUGGCGGAGCUCCAGGAGUGGUACAAGAAGUUCGUGGUGGAGUGCCCCAGCGGCACACUCUUCAUGCACGAGUUUAAGCGUUUCUUCAAGGUCGCGGGCGAUGAGGAGGCCACCCAGUAUGUAGAGGGCAUGUUCCGAGCCUUCGACAAGAACGGGGACAACACCAUCGACUUCCUGGAGUAUGUGGCAGCCCUGAACCUCGUGCUGAGGGGCACCCUGGAGCACAAGCUGAAGUGGACAUUCAAGAUCUACGACAAGGACCGAAAUGGCUGCAUCGACCGCCUGGAGCUCCUCGACAUUGUGGAGGCGAUUUACAAGCUGAAGAAAGCCUGCAGGGUGGAGAUGGAGGCCGAGCAGCAAAGCCAGCUGCUCACGCCCGAGGAAGUCGUGGAUAGGAUCUUCCUUCUGGUGGAUGAGAACGGAGACGGCCAGCUGUCUCUGAACGAGUUCAUUGAGGGUGCCCGUCGUGACAAGUGGGUGAUGAAGAUGCUGCAGCUGGAUGUGAAUCCCAGUGGCUGGAUCUCUCAGCAGAGGCGGAAAAGCGCUAUGUUCUGA